AAGUGUCAUAAUGGCGGACUCACGUCUUUACUUAUGUUACUCCGUUUUAUUAAUUUUUCUUGGAUGUACAUUUGAUAUUGGUAUCGAGAAUGUUUGUGGUCUGCCAAGACAUAAACUGUCCAAAUGCUUCACAACCAACAGCACCAAUUACACUGUUGAUCUAGGGUGCAAGGAUGGUUCACUGAUCCACGUCAUAAAAGAGAAUUACUCCAACAGCAGUUCGAGUGAUACCUGUACACAAGAUCAUAGCAACUGUAGAGGACGGGAGGUAGAAAACAAUAGAAUACCAUCUACAGACUUCAGAUUACAGACGGCUUGCAAUGCUAAAUCAGAAUGUAACGAAACUCUGGAUCCGUUUUAUUUCAACUGUACGGGUAGACGAAUGGGGACAGUUGAUUACGAAUGUGUUCCAGGAUCGAUGAACUACAAUAUGUGUGAUAAUCUGAUAGCAUCAACCAAGCUAAACGAAAGCGUGGUUUUCUUUGAAAGUCCUACGGCUGGACGAUCAGAUCCUAUUUUGUGUAGUUGUGAGAUACUUGGGCAGCACAUGAGAGUUAAAAUUGUAGACUUUCAUGCAAAUAUGAUGGACAAAGAGAAAUGGUUUUUAAACAUAACAUCUGGUUUUAUGCUAAAUGAUUCUACACCAUCAAACUCAUCACGUAUACGAUUGUUAAAUAAUGUACUAGGAGGAUAUCAUGACACUGUUCAUAUAACGUAUUACAGUGAGAAUCUCAGAAAUCAAAACAUAUGGAUAGAACUCACAG